UGGAUUUGCCAUAAGAGGGCGACAUUGCAACAGUCUGAAUCCGAAAAGCAUGGCGCUGCAAACAUGUAUCGCGUUUUUGUUAGCAGACAGCUAUGAUGUUGAAGAUUUCUUAUUUUUCAAGAAAAAUGCAACUCGCAAACGUCGGAAAGUAAGAAUGAAGUUGAAAACUGAACCAAGUGAUGAUCUGCAAAGAGAGGAUGAAAAAAGAGAUAUUUUCAAUGCCGUGCUGCAAAGCUUGACAAUAAGUGAUUUUAAGAGUCACUUCCAGCUGACGACAUCUCAAACUGAGGAGCUGGUACGGCUGUUGGCACCUUGUAAAUGGACUGCUAUUAGGCAAGAGGGAUGGACAGUGUGGCAUGCAGUGCUUGCUAGUCUGUGGGCUCUUUCUACCCAAGAGGCUUACCACAGUGUGGCAAACCGUUUCCACAUCACAGAGUCACUCAUUUGUGUUCAGCUGGAUGAGUUCUGUACUUUUGUUACCAGUAACUUGGCUAAUGAAAUUCACUGGCCGCAUGGGGAGGAAGCAGAAAUGUCUGUGGUGGGGUUCCUUUCUACUGUGGGGUUACCAGAUACCCUCUGUGUAGUAGGAACAUGUUUCAUUCCUGUUGAGAAGCCUACAGAUGUGCCAGAUCCAGAGGUAUAUAGAGACACAGAGGGGUCGUACUCUAUUAAACUCAUGGCUUUUUGCAACCACAAGGGUCGCUUUACCUACGUGUCUGCAGAGCACCCUAGAAAUUGGCAUAACUCAAGAGUCCUGUCCGCCACGGAGGUUGGCAAGGCAUUGCGAGAAAACCCUGUGGCUCUGCUACAUGGCAAACACAUUAUUGGCAAUUCCACCUUUCCACUUUCAGAGCACUUCCUGACUCCAUUCCCUGACUAUGCAACACUAGGACAGAAAAAAGUAUGUUAUAACCAGAAAGUGCAGUCAUCUCUUGCAGUGGCACAAGGCUCCAUCCAUACUCUGCGAUCUUGUUUUCAGAGGCUCAGAUGUCUGCAGAAGCAUUCCGUUUGCCAAACCAGUUUAGCUGUGAAGACCUGCUGUAUUUUAUACAACAUGUUCCUAGAGACGUAUAAUGUUCUAGUGGACUGCAUUGGGGACGAUGUAACCCAAAAGCCUUUCCAUGAACUACGCUAUGGACACUCUGGAAGUCUUGGUGGAAUAUCUAAAAGACAAGACAUUGCAGCCUCACUUGGGCGAACCACUAAAAAAAGAAAAUAUAUGUACAGUUAGUGUUGAAAAGUAAUGUUGCGUAUGAUAAUGAAUACAUGUUGACAAAAUGUUCUAGUUUAAUUUAUAAGGUGACUGUUUUGUUAAUCACUGUAGUAUGUAAAUGUUAUGUACACUUAUUUUGUCAUAAUGCAAUGCAAAAGUGUUUGUAUAAUAAAACAAUAUCCUCCAUAAGGA